GAAUUUUUAAGGUCAAAAAUAGUUCAGGGGGCACGAUUUAGCAAGUGUCAUAGUUCGGAGGGAAAAAUUGCAAAUUAGCCAAAAUUUAAUGAUUUGGUUCAAGUUGAAGUUGGGUGCAGAAAUUCUAAUUAGGUGUAUAAAAAGGUGCCACUGCGGAGAACACCGAACAAGUGUAGCAGAAGAAGGUCUGGGAGUUUGGAGUUAGACUCAACUCAACCCAACUGUUUACAUUUCUUCUUCUAUUUCAUUCCCUCUAAUGGCCGCCGAGAACAAACCCAAGUCCGAUUUCAACAACUCUUCCAAGUUCAAGAAGGGAAGGCAACGGUAUCUUCCUCACAACAAGCCGGUGAAGAAGAAGGGUUCCUACCCAUUACGGCCCGGAGUCCAGGGCUUCUUCAUUACCUGUGAUGGUGGCAGGGAACGCCAAGCCUCUCAUGAGGCCAUUGACGUCAUUGACUCGUUUUUUGAGGAACUAGUCAUUGGGAAGGAUCCUGGCAUGCAGGUUGGAGGCUUACAUGGUAAAGCUUCAAAUAAGAAAAUUAAGUUUACAUACUCUGAUUCUUCUAGUGGUGAAACUGGCGACGACGAGGACGGGGAAGAGGAGGAGAAGAAAGAGAAUAAAUCUGCUACUUCUACUGAGGGUGACAAAAGCAAUGAUAAGGAAACAAGUGAGACACUGGAUCAUAAUAAAACUGAUUCUGACUCCCCUGAUAAUGGUAAGGACGGCGAACCUAAUGACAAUAAGGAGGUUGAUGAAAGCAAUGGAACAGAUGCAUCUGAGGCUGAAGAACCGCCAGCAAAGAAACAGUGUCUGGAAACAGAAGUCUCAAAAUCUGCAAUCCCAGACAAAGUGGAAGUCAAGUCCAUGGACAAGCUAAUUGAAGCUGAACUUAAAGAACUUGGAGACAAAAGUAAGAGGCGUUUUUUUCAUCUUGAUACCGGAUGUAAUGGUGUCGUUUUUGUGCAAAUGAGUAAGAGAGAAGGGGAUCCUGGCCCCAAAGAUAUUGUGCAGAACAUUAUGACCACUGCAGCUGCAACAAAGAAACACAUGUCCAGGUUUAUCUUGAGAAUUUUACCUGUUGAAUUAGCAUGCUAUGCUUCAGAAGAGGAGAUUUCCAGAGCUAUAGUUCCUCUUGUGGAAAAAUAUUUUCCUGUGGAAACUGAGACUCCACAAAAGUUUGCAGUGCUAUAUGGGGCCCGUGCAAAUACUGGAGUUGAGAGGAUGAAAAUAAUCGAUGCCGUUGCGAAAUCAGUUCCUAAGCCACAUAGAGUUGAUCUUAACAAUCCAGAUAGGGCCUUUGUAGUUGAAAUUGUUAAGACUGUAUGCUUGAUCGGCGUUAUUGAGAAGUACAAGGAGUUGGCCAAGUAUAACUUAAGACAGCUCACAUCAUCAAAGCCUUAGGGCGUUGAACUCAAAUUAAAGUUAUGUCAUGCGAGACUCAACCAUAGAAUCUUGAGCAUUUUAGCUCAAUACCUUAUUGUCAUGUUUGUUUCCAUUGUAGAAACGUUGAUGUUCUGAACCAACUGAUGUUAAUCUAAGUUUAUGAUGUUCAAUGGAAUAUUAUUAUUAUUA